AUGAACACGAAGAACCAGCCUGUGUUUACCAAGCGUCUGUUUGAUGAGCAGUAUGGAUUUAUUAAUGCCUGUUUGAAAUCUAUGGUAGUGGAAAAGUUUGGCGAGGAGGCGUGGGUCAAGCUCAGGGAUGAAGCUGGAGUCCAGGACACCUUCCUGACACAUGAAGUCUACGAAGAUGAAAUCACUUUGCACUUAGUGGCAGAGGCCUGCAAGCUUUUAGGAGUAAAACCAGAGGUAGUCUUGAGGCAGUUCGGAGAGUAUUUCUUUGAGUUUUGCAAACGCUCCGGCUACCAUCACAUGCUGCGGACUUUAGGAGGAAAUCUGUCUGAAUUCACGGAGAAUUUGGAUGCACUUCACAGCUACCUGUCGCUCUCCUAUAAGGAGAUGAAUGCACCUUCUUUUCGAGUGGAAAGGAACCCUGAUGGAACCAUGCUUCUCCAUUAUUAUUCUGACCGCAGAGGACUUUGUCACAUUGUUCCUGGUAUUAUUGGUGCUGUUGCUAAGGAUUUUUUCAACAGUGAGAUAACAAUGGAGAUUGUUAACCAGCUAGAGGAACUGGAGAGAACUGGAAAGAAGGAGCACGUGGUUUUCCUAGUUAGCAGUAAAACCGAUGCUUCCUCAAAGGCCCAGAUCCUUCAUUCUUUGACUGAUGAACCUAAUGCCACCGUCGGGAUCAAAAAGAAAACAAAGAUCAGUUUCGCCAUGCCCAGGAGUCACUGGCAGACAUCAAAGGAGUUGGUUCACAUUGGAAAAGGCAAAUCAUUGAAGAAUUUUGAACCUGUGUAUCCCAUGAAGCUCAAAAUUGACCUGCAGACCUUCUGCCAUGCUUUCCCUUUCCAUGUAGUCUUUGACGAGCAGCUGAUGGUGCAUCAGGCUGGAGUGAAUCUCCAAAGGACUGUCCCUGGGCUGCAGGUUAUGAAUAUCCAUUUAGAUGAGUACUUCAGCAUUGUGCAUCCUGAGGUGACUUUCACGAUCUCCAGCAUCCGGAAGUUCAUCAACAGCCACUUUGUCAUGCAGACUCGCAGGGAAAUGAUGCCUGAGGCAUGGAAAGACCGGCCUAUGCUUCAGCUCAGAGGUCAGAUGAUCUGGAUGCCUUCUCUGCGCUUCAUGUUAUAUCAAGCCUCUCCUUUGCUGAGAAGCCUUCAGGAGCUGGAGGAAAUGCACAUGCACAUUUCUGACAUUGCACCCCAUGAUGUCACCCGGGACCUUAUCCUACUCAAUCACCAGCGACUGGCUGAAAUGGAGCUAUCCAGUCAGCUGGAAAGGAAGAAGGAAGAGCUCCGCAUCCUGUCCCAGCACCUUGAGGAAGAGAAGAGAAAGACAGAGAACUUGCUGUAUGCCAUGCUGCCUAAGCAUGUAGCCAACCAGCUGAAAGAGGGCAAAAAAGUAGAAGCAGGAGAAUUCAAAGAAUGCACCAUAUUGUUCAGUGAUGUAGUGACGUUUACCAAUAUCUGUGCCAUGUGUGAACCCAUUCAAAUCGUUCAUAUGCUUAACUCCAUGUACCUGCAAUUUGACCGACUCACCACUGUGCACAAUGUCUACAAGGUUGAGACCAUAGGGGAUGCCUACAUGGUGGGAGGUGGGGUUCCUAUACCUGUCUCCAGCCAUGCUGAGAGGGUGGCCAACUUUGCUCUGGGCAUGAUUAUGGCUGCCAAGGCAGUUAUUAACCCCAUAACUGGAGGACCCAUUCAGAUCCGUGUGGGUCUCCACAGUGGUCCUGUAUUGGCAGGUGUAGUUGGGGAAAAGAUGCCACGCUACUGUCUUUUCGGAGACACUGUCAACACUGCCUCUCGUAUGGAGAGUCACGGCCUCCCCAACAAGAUCCAUUUGAGCCCAACUGUAUACCAGGCUUUAAAGAACAAAUGCUUUGUCAUCCAGAAACGAGGAGAGAUAGAGGUGAAGGGAAAGGGGAGUAUGACCACUUACUUUCUUGAAAGGAACACCGGAGUGAGCGAGCAGCAGAUUAUGGGUCUCUGUGACCUGGAGGCCACAGAUGGAGAGGAGAGCAGCCAGGGAAGCUACCAGCCAGGUUUUGAAACAAAGCACAAAGAUGAGCCUUUCUUGAUCCCAAUGAAUUACAAAGACAGUCCAAGUGAAUCUCUGCCAUCAUCAAAUCUGUCUGAGAUUCAAAUCCGCCCAAUUCUCAAGCCCUCCGACUCAGAAAGCUAUGGAAGCCUCGACACUGAAAACCAAUCAGAGGAUGGAGCUCCUGACCAGUUACAAGCUACUGCUAAAUUUGGCCAAACAGAAUACACAGAGAAAACCAUAGAGGAAUUAUCCAGUGAUAGCCAUGUGGACAUGCAGGAGCAAAACUUGAUGAGUGAUUCUUUGGAAACUAAUAUCGAAAGAAAACAUAGCCAAACCCAGUUCUGUGUAGUUCUCUGA